AAUUGUGCUCUUGUUUGGUUAACGGCGCCGCGGUUCUGCGAGGCAUUUUCGCGGAGAUCGGAUAGAGAGACCCUUGCCGGCGGAAAGAUUUCUCGCAUCUAGAUUGGCAGCCAAGUUCCGAAGAGGAACCGGGAAAGGUCGCACCUCCCUCUCCGCUCGACCAUCCCCAUCAGCAGCCUUGCGUGUCCCUUUUGUCUCUACAGCUGUGCCUUCGUGACACUUUGAUUGUCACGAUGCAGGCCCUCCGACGAUCGCUGAGCUCGGCGCUCCGAACAGCUGCGUCGCGGCAAUCGUAUGCGACAAGCUCGUCCAAGUACGCGGAAACCAUCAAGAACCUCCGCAUCAACAACGGCACGAAGGUGAUCUACCAGGGCUUCACGGGGCGGCAGGGGACCUUCCAUGCCCAGCAGGCCAUCGAGUACGGCACAAAUGUCGUCGGCGGCACGAAUCCGAAGAAGGCGGGCACUGAGCACCUCGGCCUGCCUGUGUUUGCGAACGUGGCCGACGCAAUGAAGCACACCGGCGCCACUGCAUCGGCCGUCUUCGUUCCUCCACCGCUUGCGGCAAAGAGUAUCGAGGAGGCCAUCACUGCAGAGCUCCCCCUGGUCGUGACCAUUACAGAAGGCAUCCCACAGCACGACAUGGUUCGCAUCGCGGAUAUGCUCAAGUCGCAGAACAAGACCCGCAUGGUUGGGCCCAACUGCCCCGGUAUCAUCGCUCCUGGACAAUGCAAAAUCGGCAUUAUGCCUGGCUUCAUCCACAAGCGCGGUCGCGUCGGCAUCGUCUCGCGCUCGGGAACCCUCACCUACGAAGCCGUGAACCAGACCACCCAAGCCGGCCUUGGACAGUCGCUCGUUGUCGGAAUCGGAGGUGAUCCCUUCUCCGGCACAAACUUCAUCGACUGCUUGAAGGUUUUCCUUGAAGAUGAGGAGACGGACGGCAUCAUCCUCAUCGGCGAGAUUGGCGGUACUGCGGAGGAGGACGCGGCGGACUUCAUCAAGGAGCACAACACGGCCAACAAGCCCGUGGUCAGCUUCAUCGCUGGUAUCUCCGCGCCGCCCGGCCGGAGAAUGGGCCAUGCCGGUGCCAUCAUCAGCGGCGGAAAGGGUGACGCCAACUCCAAGAUCACUGCCCUUGAGGCUGCUGGCGUCGUUGUCGAGCGCUCACCCGCCAAGCUGGGCAAGAAUCUGUAUGAUCAGUUUGUAAAGCGCGACCUGAUAUAGGUUCGUUUCCAAUGGCACGCUAGACGGAGAUUUUCCCUUUGGUUGUGAUAUCUAUUUAGAGCGAGUCCUACCAGACUGCAGACAGCUGGGGCGGAGGGGAUGAUGCAUUGUACCUGAUCCCGUCCAUUGUACAUUUAGUCAUUUAGAGCAAGCAAUGCCACCCGUCUGCAUUCGGAUGCGCAUACGACACAAGAGCAGCCAUGAAAAUCGAGGCCUGCGCCUGUCAAACCGG